GUUUGGUUAGCAGUUUUGAAAGGAUAUCGGCAAUUUUAUACUAUGAAAGUUGAUGGAGAAAAAACAACAGAAAUGAUUCCGUUUGUUGAAAGACAAUUGAAAAAUAUUACAAACAUAUUUGGAGUGGAUUGGACAUCGCGAUUGGAUCCCAUUGAUAGUCAUAGAUUCACUUUGGGUUAUAGAUUUUCAAAUUCCUACUUUCUAAAAAAGAUGGCUACUUCUCUUGUAGAAUCUAAAACUGUCGAUGAAUUUAACAUUGCAAUGAACUUUUAUACUCAUUCAGCAGAAACAAGUCAUUUUAUAUUUGAUAUUGUUGAAAAUCUGGAAAGAAAUUGCUGUAGAAAAGUUACAAGCGCUGCAAAAGAACUCCAAACUCUUCUUAUUGAAUUUAAGGAUACGAGUGCAAUAAGAAAUUUGAAGAAAAUGUAUACAAAUUACUAUUAA